GCGACCUUCAAGUAAACGCUCGUUCUUUGCGAUUCCUCCGCUUACCAUAUAAAUACAGAAAAAAGUCCAUCAUUGACAGUUACGAUCGUCUCUCUUCUCCAACGCUUCCGAUCUCUUCUUUCGUUUCUGGUAAGCUCAUUUUCUCUCCAUCGUUUCUGCUUCUCCGUUGACUGCGAUUCUCGACGCGAUCGUAACGCUGUGCGCGCGCGCGCCUGUUCGUGUUCUCUUAGAUUCGAAUCAGUUCCGUUAGAUCAUACUUUUGUGAACGAAGAACGUUUGAGUUUCCGUGUAUGUAGUCUCGUUGAUUUGUGCGAUUUAUGUUAAUGUGAUGAUGCGUUAGGUUCUCGGCGUAGAUUAGUGUUGAUCGGUACCUAAGGCGUGCGUUAACAAGAGAAAGCUGAUCUUACUAACCUGUAACGAUAUGCCUUGUGUUUUCUUCGCCUACAUUGAUUUUGAUUGAUUGAUUGAUACCUAAGGCGGUUAACAAGAGAAACUGAUCUUAUUAGUGAUAUCAAUAUUGAUCUCUUGUGAAUUGUGAUCUUCUUGAUUAGUAUUUUGAGUUAGCGAUGAAGCCAGGAGGAUCAGGAUUGAAUCCGAACGCAGCAGCUUACGUACCAAUCUCCAAAAGAGACGGUGAUUCUGCAAAGCCUGCUGCAUCUGAGAAGCAGAUGAGUGAUGAGGAUUUGGAGAUGGACGUGGACAUUGAGUUCCUUUUAGCCACGUUCUCUGACUUGUCAUAUGAGUCUAUCAGUGAUGUGUACUUGGCUAACAAUGGUGAUCUGGAUGCUACUAUCGAAAUGCUGACUCAGCUCGAGAUUUUCAGUAAUGAAGCUGAGGAAUACCUUCCAGACACACUUGACAUUGGUGAUGUACCUGAAACCAUCAAGCCUUCUACUUCAUCAGCUCCAAAGCAGACGAAUGCAAGUGCAUCAACAUCCUCCCGUGCCCCAAACGCUCCCUCUUCCUGAUUUGAUGAGUCUUUAAAUUUGAAGUUUUAUAAAACAUUCGUGUAAAGGAUGAUUAUAUGAUAUGAGGUUGAUGGGUUAUCUUAGGAGAUCUCUUUUCUAUAUUUUCCUGCCCCGAUGCUUUGUUACAUUGGAGAAAAAGAGAGAGUACAAUGUAUAGAUUUUUUGAAAAUAUCAAGUAUGAGUGUUGAGAAUUGGGAUUGUUCUUAUGGUGGACAAAGCUAUUAAUCAUUAACCUCUGAUGCUCUUUCGGCCA